UCUUCUUCUUCUCUAUUUUUCAUUUUUCUUUUUCUAAAAAACAUUUUAUUAUUUCUCUCUCUCUCUCUUCAUCCCUAGUUUUCUUCUCUCUCUGAACCCUCUCACACUCGCCAACUAACUCCGUCGUUCAUCGAUUCUUCUUCGCUUCAGUUUGUGCUUGGUUAUUAUGAAUUUAGUUACCUUCAAUCACCUCAGGCUGUUAGGUAGUGUUAUUCGACCGGGCAACUAAGAGAGGCAAUAAUUCUGUUUUAGGACUAACGAUUUUGAGUUGUUCUUCGUUGACCUCAAAAUUGCUCUUGUUGUAAUUAAACUGCGUUAUAGGAGACAUCAGCUGCUGUAUAAAAUGCUGAAUUACAAUCUUCUCAUUCUUGAUUGGUAGCAGUGAAAAUUGAAGCUUGCAGCUUUCACCUUUACUAUGUCAGCAGAAAGUCAGGGUGAAAGCGUUCAUAUGGCCGCUACAUCUGAAAGGUGGAUCGACGGUCUACAAUUCUCCUCACUGUUUUGGCCUCCACCACCUGAUCCAGAGCAGCGUAAGGCACAAAUUACAGCAUAUGUUGAUUACUUUGGUCAAUUCACAUCAGAGCAGUUCCCCGAAGAUAUAGCCGAGUUGGUUCGCCAUCGUUAUCCAACAAGUGAAAAACGCCUCUUUGAUGAUGUCUUGGCAAUGUUUGUCCUUCAUCAUCCGGAACAUGGGCAUGCUGUCAUUCUACCUAUAAUUUCAUGCAUCAUUGAUGGCACAAUGGAGUAUGAACGAAGCACUCCUCCGUUUGCUUCUUUCAUUUCAUUAAUCUGCCCAAGUGCUGACAAUGAAUAUUCUGAACAAUGGGCGCUGGCAUGUGGAGAGAUUUUGCGAAUAUUAACUCAUUACAAUCGACCAAUUUUUAAGGUUGAACGGCCACAUGGCGAAACAGAAAGUAGCAGUGGCAGCCAGGCAUCAACAAGCAACUCUACAGAUGGUGAAUCUUCUUCACAAUCUCUGCAUCAUGAAAAGAAACCACUGAGGCCCCUGUCCCCUUGGAUCACUGAUCUGUUGCUUGCUGCACCUCUAGGCAUCAGAAGCGACUACUUUCGUUGGUGUGGAGGUGUCAUGGGAAAAUAUGCUGCAGGAGAACUUAAGCCACCGUCAGUCGUGAUGGCUUCUUCACGCGGAUCUGGAAAGCAUCCACAAUUAAUGCCAUCUACUCCUAGAUGGGCAGUUGCUAACGGAGCUGGUGUAAUUUUAAGUGUAUGUGAUGAAGAAGUUGCUCGAUAUGAAACCGCUACUCUAACUGCAGCUGCCGUUCCUGCUCUGUUACUUCCUCCACCGACAACCGCCAUGGAUGAGCACCUUGUUGCAGGCCUUCCUGCUUUAGAGCCAUAUGCAAGAUUGUUUCACAGGUAUUAUGCCAUUGCUAGUCCGAGUGCCACACAAAGGCUUCUUCUUGGACUGCUAGAGGCACCACCAUCGUGGGCCCCAGAUGCUCUUGAUGCAGCUGUUCAACUUGUUGAACUGCUUCGAGCAGCAGAAGACUAUGCAUCUGGAAUGAGGCUGCCUAGAAACUGGAUGCAUUUGCACUUCUUGCGUGCAAUUGGAACCGCAAUGUCCAUGCGAGCUGGCAUUGCAGCAGACUCCGCUGCUGCUUUACUUUUCCGGAUACUUUCCCAACCUGCUUUGCUUUUUCCUCCGCUUAGGCCAGUUGAACCUACUGGUGAUUACAUUUCAACCCAUAAAAAACAGAGACAAAUGCCAGCAGCUGAAGCAACGAUUGAAGCUACAGCUCAAGGGAUAGCAUCAAUGCUAUGUGCACACGGGCCUGAGGUUGAAUGGAGGAUAUGCACGAUAUGGGAAGCUGCGUAUGGCUUAAUUCCGUUGAGUUCAUCUGUAAUUGAUCUUCCCGAAAUCAUCGUUGCGACCCCUUUACAACCACCUGUAUUAUCAUGGAACCUAUACAUACCCCUCCUUAAAGUUCUUGAAUAUCUGCCACGUGGCAGUCCAUCUGAAGCAUGUCUCAUGAAGAUAUUUGUUGCUACCGUUGAAACAAUCCUUCAAAGAACAUUUCCAGCAGAAUCUUCGUUCGAACACACAACAAAAACACGAUACGUUUUCGGGUCUGCUUCCAAAAAUUUGGCGGUAGCCGAGCUUCGAACCAUGGUUCACUCGCUGUUUUUAGAAUCAUGUGCCACUAUCGAGCUUUCGUCUAGACUACUUUUUGUUAUUUUGACUGUGUGUGUUAGCCAUGAAGCCCAGCUUCAUGUGGGAAAGAAACCAAAAGGCAAAGGGGGUAAAACAGUAAAUAAACAAGGACCUGUUGCGGCUUUUGAUUCUUACGUUCUGGCUGCUGUUUGUGCUCUUGCUUGUGAGCUUCAGCUUUUUCCUUUGAUUUCAAGAGCAGGUAGUAGUAAUCAUUCAAAUACCGAGGACGUUUCAAAAAACGUAAAGCUGGUUAAAUCUGCAAAUGGUUUCCAGAACAGUAUCGAUUCGGCAGUUAGUCACACUCGCAGGAUAUUAUCAAUAUUGGAAGCGCUUUUUUCUCUAAAACCGUCGUCUGUUGGCACGUCUUGGAGUUAUAGUUCAAAUGAAAUAGUCGCUGCAGCUAUGGUCGCGGCUCAUAUUUCCGAGCUUUUUAGACGGUCAAAGGCUUGCAUGCGUGCACUAUCGGUUUUGAUGAGGUGCAAAUGGGAUAAACAAAUUCACUCUACAGCAUCUUCACUUUAUAAUUUGAUCGAUAUUCAUGGUAAAGCAGUGGCAUCAAUCGUCAACAAAGCAGAGCCGUUGGAUGCACCCAUCUCAAAUCAUCACCCUAUUGUAUGCUUAAACGGUAAAAAACAAAAUAGCUGUGAAACAGAAACAGGGGAGUCAUCAACCGCACAUCAAGUCACUGUAAAAACUAUGGCAACGGAUGAUAAAGUUUCUAAGUUAUGUGAUGACAUGGACAGCAGCUCUGAGAAAGGGAUAAUGAGUUUUCCGUUUAAUGCUUCAGAGUUGGCUAAUUUUCUUACAAUGGACCGACAUAUUGGAUUUAAUGGCAGUGCACGUGUUCUUUUAAGAUCCGUACUGACGGAGAAACAAGAGUUGUGUUUCUCCGUUGUGUCGUUGCUCUGGCAUAAGAUGAUCGCAUCACCUGAAAUGCAACUUACUGCAGAAAGCACCUCUGCUCAGCAAGGAUGGAGACAGGUGGUUGAUGCACUCUGCAAUGUGGUGUCAGCAUCACCGACAAUAGCUGCAACUGCUAUCGUUCUUCAGGCCGAGAGGGAAUUACAGCCAUGGAUUGCUAAAGACGACGAUCUUGGUCAAAAAAUGUGGAGAAUAAAUCAAAGAAUCGUGAAGUUAAUUGUGGAGUUAAUGAGAAAACACGACACCCCCGAGUCGCUAAUGAUUUUAGCCACUGCAUUAGACCUGCUACUGCGUGCCACUGAUGGCAUGCUUGUUGAUGGAGAAGCUUGCACCUUACCACAACUUGAGCUUCUGGAAGCAACAGCUAGAGCAGUUCAGCCUGUUCUUGAGUGGGGAGAAUCAGGGUUGGCAGUUGCAGAUGGUCUCUCUAAUCUACUCAAGUGUCGCCUGCCAGCUACAGUACGAUGCCUUUCUCACCCGAGUGCUCACGUGCGAACACUCAGCAUAUCUGUUCUUCGAGCCAUAUUGCAAGUGGGGGCAGUAGGUGAAGAUGCGAAUGCCAUCGACUGGGAAGCAGACCUGGGGAAAUGUCUAACCUGGGAAGCGAGGAGUCGAGUUGCAACUGGAAUGCCAAUUGAUUAUCUGGAUAUUGCUGCAAAGGAGUUGGGGUGUCCAAUAUCCAUCUAAUCUAGUCGAUGGCGAUAGGGUUGUACAGUAUACAUGGUGCCUGCUUGAUGAUUAUAUUUAUAGACUCGUUAUCUUUUACUUAUGCAUAGAGAGAGAUAUAUGCCUUUGCCUUUGUAUUUCAGAUUGUAUCACAAAUUGAUCUUUGGAUACUUAAACUUCUUCUGUUUGGAUACAACAUAUCUCUAUUCUCUACUUGUGUUUUCAGUUUCAUGUCAUGUUCCAAAUUAAAUAUAUUGGUGGUUUUUUUU